UCGUAUCGAGAUUUAAUCUUCUGGAGGAUUUGUUGACUCUGGGUUCGCCUAUGAUUGGGGUAUCAUCUAAGGAUACAAAAGAUUGUUCUUAUCCAGUUAGAGUUGAAGAAAUCAUAUCUUGUCAUACGUUGUCUCUUGUACACAUGCAACUACUUAGCAUGCGAACUUAUAAAACAAUUGUCAGAUGUCUCGAGUUUUCUCAAUUAAAGGAGUUCAAGCUUGUCGUUGGGUUUCGAUUUCAAGUUCCAGAAUUACUGGAGAAAACUAGUCUGGCAAUAGAUAUGAGAAAUGCGGCAGAGAACGUUUCAGAAGCAGAGAUUACUGAAUUAAUUCCAACAAAUGUUACGGAGUUAGUAAUUCAUAAUUCUCUUGAUAUGAUCGAACGCUUAUCUUUGCAUUUGUUGAAUGCAAUGUGCUUGAAAACUUGCGAUAUAAGAAGGUGUUCCAAGAUAACAUGCAUUCUGGAAUCUGAGGAGAACAAUUUUCCGCUGCUAGAGAGAAUGAAUAUAUCUAAUUUGCCAAAAUUGAGGAUGAUUUGCGGGGAAGUUGUGAAACCAGGUACUCUAAUGAACCUAAAGAGUAUUAAUGUGGAUGGAUGUUCAUCAUUGAAAUGUCUGUUCUCAAUGCACCUCAUUUUCCAACUUAAAAGUCUUGAAGAAAUUACCAUCUUUAGGUGCCAUGCAAUGGAAGAAAUUAUUGAAGGAGAGAGGAAUACAAACGGUGAAGACAGCAGCCAUGCAGAUGCAACCGAAGUGAUACUUCCAAAAUUGCAGAGGUUGAAACUGAUCCUUUUACCAAACCUAAGAAGCAUAUACAAAGGGAACAUUCAAUGUGAUUCUCUACGCAGCAUUAAAAUCUAUGACUGCAUUUCUCUAAAUAAAUUGCCUCUUGGUCUGUUUGGAAUUGAGAAAGUUCAGCAUGUGUCACCGUCAACUACUUUUGAACAAAUAACAUGUCAAAAACAAUGGUGGGAAUCACUACAGUGGGACCAACCCCAAGCUAAGCAUCUGCUCCAACCAUACUUUGUCGAUCAUCAUCGUAGGGCAUAUUCGCUCCGAGCAGCAGUGGUACAGCGUGAAGCCAGUAUUUGAAUGGAGCCACAAUCACUUGAUUUGAUUCAAGGAGUACUCUUUAUUGUUAAUGUUCAAGUUUGUAUAAUGUUUGAUAUUUGGUAAGAAAACG